CGCUGUCGCUCCGUCAUACGCGGAAGUUAGAGGUUCGCCGCUGCGCAGCAAAACGACGGUCAUACCUCCACAAUGGCGACCUCUCCAAUGGCAUUAAUGAAAGAAUUUCUGCUUAUGUAUUUCAUGCCAGAGACUUGUUAUGACGAGUUUUUUCUCAACUUUAAUUUUCUCCAUGUGCAGUGCCUGAAGAUUGUGUUGAGCAAAGGUCUUGGCUUCGGAAUAAUACUUGGAUCUGUCAUGGUGAAGCUGCCGCAGGUCUGCAAGUUGAUUGGGGCGAAGAGUGCGGAAGGGCUGAGCUUCAAUGCCGUCCUGCUGGAGCUGUUCGCCAUCACUGGCACCAUGGCCUACUGCAUCGCACACAAAUUCCCCUUCAGUUCCUGGGGUGAGGCCCUCUUCCUCAUGCUGCAAACAGUGACCAUCGGCUUCCUCAUCCAGCACUACAGAGCAAACACAGCCGGAGGUGUGGGCUUCCUGGCCGCCUACUUCCCCUUGUCGUUGCUGUUGUUGUCACCUUUCACGCCGCUGUCCGUGCUCACAGUGAUGCAGGCCUCCAACAUGCCCGCUGUCAUCGUGGGCAGGCUCAUCCAGGCAGGAACAAACUAUCGUAAUGGUCACACAGGUCAGCUGUCAGCCAUCUCCGUCUUCCUCCUGUUUGCCGGCUCCCUUGCCCGCAUCUUCACCUCCCUGCAGGAAACGGGAGAUUCCCUGAUGGCGUUGACUUACGUCAUCUCCUCCUGCUGCAAUGGUCUCAUCGCUGGUCAGGUGGUCUACUACUGGAACCGAACACCUGCUGUUAAGAAGAAGAAAGAAUAGAGGGAGGUGGAAGAUGCAAGCACCAACACACAUACACACACACACACUUCGCAAAUCCCAACAACUCAGGACCAAAACUGUAACCAUGGACUUCAGCAGUACACUCAGCAGUUGAGGGCCUUGACUGAUCAUUCAGUCGGGCACCCGCCUUGGUUAAUUCUGCCACAGGACCUCCUGUACUUGAGCCCUUUCUGUGCACUAGCUCCGGCGCUGGAGUAUCUCCCAUUCUCUCCCGUUCCCCAACUACCAAGUGGAAUCUACUACAGUCUCAUCAUUGUAUCUUGAUAAAUCAGUAAGACUGAACCCUCAUGGUGUAUUCAAGACAGUAUAGGAAUCAUUUCUAGAAGAGCAUGUUUGUGGGAGUUAUUCUUUCACAAAAAUGCUCUGAGGGCAGAAGGAUCAAUGAUUGGUUUAGAAAGAUAACCAAUCAAAUUGUAGAGGAGAUGGGCCCAAGAAACUAACAGAAGCAGGACCAAGACAUCUGUUUGGUUGGACCCACCUCCUCUACAGUUUGAUUGGCUAUCUCACUGAACCAAUAAUUGUUCCUUCUGCCCUCAGAACAUUUUUGUGUAAGUAAAACUUCCGUGAGCUACAGACACAUAGACUUUUUAAGAUUUUUGUCCUAUGUUUUUUUUUUUUCCCAAAAACUGUUGAAGGAAGCAAAUUUUCAGAGUGUCAAUAUGCGUAGCAAAAUGCACCUGUAUGCUUGUUUGUGAUGAAUGAAGGUGCUAUUAUUUUGUGUUUUUUUUUUUAUGAAAUUAUUAUUUUGCAUAAGGGUCCAUUUAAAUAGUAUGAGAGGGCAUUCCAGCAACAUCAUGCACAAGUGUAGAGAACCAAUCUAUCUACUUGGGAAAAUUUGUAAAGACAAAGGAAAAAUAUAUAUAAUGCAGGAUGAUAUUGGAAAUAAAGUUUAUGCCUUGGUCAAGUAUUUUUGAACUACUGCUGUAUAGUAUGUCAGUUGUACAGGACUAUUUUUUUUUAAGGUUUGUUGUAGUGGGUCAGCCUGAAUCAGGUCACAUGCUUGUGGACAUUUCCUCUUUUUGGUACCAGUGGAGUAAAAGGUUUCUUUGUUUCUUGGA